AUGACGCUGCUUUCUGUGUUUGUCUCUGUAUCCUCAGAGUCCAGAGGACAGAUCACAGUGACUCAGCCUGCAGCAGUGACCUCUGCUCUGGGAAGAACUGUCACCAUCUCAUGUAGAGUUAGUCAGAAUGUGCGUGUUUGGAGCAACAACCACCGUUUAGCCUGGUACCAACAGAAGGAUGGAGAAACUCCUAAACUGCUCAUUUAUUUUGCUAGCACUCUAGAAUCAGGGAUAUCAAGUCGUUUUUCAGGCAGUGGAUCUGGAUCUAGUUUCACUCUGACCAUCAGUGGAGUCCAGGCUGAAGAUGCAGCAGUUUACUACUGUCAGAGUUAUCACAGUGGAGGUGUGUUCACACAGUGA